CCAGUCGACGUCGUCAUGCUGGCAUUCAAUGGCUACCGCCCCUGUGUGCAGCAGCCAGAGAGACUCCUUAGAAGCAUUUUAGAUCGACGCUCUUCCUCUGCAGAGACAUCUCUUGGGUGGCACAAACCUCGUCACCAGCCUUACGAUGCCCUACCGCCAGCUCUAGUUCGCCCAUCGCCGGGGUGGCGCGGCGGUGGCUCGUCAGAAUGGCGCACGCCUUCUCCGGCGCCAAGGCCGCGGCCUCCCUCCCCCCCCUGCCCGCUGAUUCCUCCGCUCUCUCUGCCGCUUUCAACCCCCAGAAUGUGACCCGACAGGCGUGGGGGGGUGCAGCGAAAAAUGCUGCGUCGGGGGGGUCCUAUGCCCAGGCAGCGAGGCAGAGCCCCAUGCGGGGGGCUCUGUUGGCACAGGGUGAGAGCCAGCUGGAAAAGAAAGGAAGUACGGGGGUGGUGGGGUCGCAGACAACUAGAUUGGGCGGGCAAAGGCCACCGUCAAUGACGUACGCGCCCGCAAUGCAGAGCAGACUCGGGGCUCGGACGGGGGCGGACAUCAGGUUUGGGAGCUUUGUGUCGGCCUGCGGCGCUGAAAGGGCGUUUCUAGGUAACGGUCUCGCGGCGGCAUGCAUGAGCGGUCAGUCCGGGGCGGCCCAGAAUAAGGGGCUUGCGAAAGGGGCACCCGGGGCGUCGCGGAAACAUUCCGCAAGCGGGCGCUCGAUGGUGACUUGCAAGGCUGUGCACCGGGGGUUUGGGAAACCGGCGAACGGUGUGGGGGGUGCAAUCACCCCCCGCCGGCAGCGGGGGGCCGCUCACGGCAGCCCCCUGAAAGUGGCGGCCUUGCAAAGUAGAAACCCAAGCAGUAAGCCGUUGAACUUGGAAGACGUCUCAGCGUUUCCGAAGCUCACGCCGCCCCCUGUUCUGAGACGAGCGGUCGCCGUUCGGGCUGUGAAGGGCAAAAAGGGGGGCGCCGGCAAGGGGGAGGAAGAAAGCGGGCCGCUGAAAAGGGGGGUCAUGGUGGAGUUUGAGCGCGAAGGGGGGGGCGGAAAUAAGGUGUAUCAUGUGGGGGUGCUGCAGCGGCCGGACGGGAAGAAGAAUUGGAUGGUGACGGAUCAGUUGGGAAACAACCACAGCAUACGCCCGCAGCAGAUUACGUUCUUGGUGCCCCCAAAGAAGAACCAGGAUCCUUACUCGGCAGCCGACAUCCAGCCGCUCAUUGAGCAAGCAGACCAAACGGCGGCCGACAGCGACUUGUUGGAACUCGCUUGGGAGUCCCUGAUUGCGGAGCCGGGGACAUCACUUGACGCGCACGGCAUGGCGGAACUGCUCUUCACGGGGACUUCUUCUGUCGAGUGCCUCUCGGCCCACCGGCUGUUGUCCGCGGACCGGACGUUCUUCAAGCCCACGAAGCGCAAGUCCGCCGAUGACCUCUGGGUGCUCCACUACGAGCCCCGUGCCGCGACCGUUGUCGAGGACAUCAAACGGCAGAUGCGCCAGGAGGAGGAGCGGAAGGCUCUUGUUUCUGAUUUCGCACGCUUCGCGGUCGCGGCGGCGGGGGCGCCGCGCGGGGAGAAACCCGCCCCCCUGGAGUGGGAGCAGAACGAGAGCUUCGCGAUGCGCACGGCGGCGCUGAGGCGGUUCGCGAUGGACGAUCUGGAGGACGAUUCGGACCGGAGGAUCGCGUCCGAGGUUCUGGACGCGAUGGGCUGUCCGAAGAACCCGGCGGUGGUGUUCGAGCUGCUGGUGAAGAUGGGCGUGCUCCAGGCGCACUCGAGCCUCGAGCUGAUGACGGGCGCGAUCCGGAGCGCGUUCCCGGACGAAGUCCAGGCGGAAGCCGAUCGGCGUGCCGAAACCCCGCCACCGGACCCACUUUCGGACGUCCGCGUCGACUUGCGGCAUCUCAAAGUGUACAUGAUCGAUUCGGACGACACAUUAGAAGUCGACGACGGGGUGUCCGUCGAACGGUUACCGGACGGCCGGAAACGGUUAUGGGUCCACGUGGCAGACCCCACCCGGUGGACAUCCCCGGGGGACGUGUUAGAUUACGAAGCUAGACUGAGGGCGACAUCGGCGUAUCUACCGACCGGCGCGGUGCCGAUGUUUCCAAUGGCGCUCGCGGGGGGAGGGAUGAGUUUGUUACAGGGGCAGGAGUGCACGGCGAUGAGCGUGGGGGUGGUGUUGCGGGAUGACGGCAGCAUCGGCGAGACGACGCUGGUGGCGUCGCGUGUGGCCCCGACGUACCGGCUGAGCUACGAGGAGGUGGACGAGCUGCUGAACCUGGGCCUGGAUGAGGAGCCCGAGCUGCGGACGCUCCUCGAGGAGGCGCACCGCCGCCACGAGUACCGCUACGAACAGCACGCGAUCGAGAUCAAGAUGCCGGACUACGACAUCCGGGCGUUCGACCUCGAUGCGGAACCCCCUCGCGUGACGAUCAAGUUGAUCAACGAGCGCGCGCCGUCGCGGCGGCUGGUCGAAGAAAUGAUGAUCAUGGCGGGCGAGGCGGUGGCGCUCUGGGGGGGGGAGCACGGGGUGGCACUGCCGUACAGGGGGCAGGAGGAGCCGGACCUGCCGUCCGACCACGUGCUGGACCAGGUUCCCGUCGGGUACUGCCAGUCGGUGAUCAUCCGGCGGUGCAUGACGCGCAGCCAGAUUAACUGCCGGGGGCCCAUCCAGCACUCUAGCCUGGGCCUCCACGCGUACGUGCAGUUCAGUUCGCCCAUCCGGCGGUACGCUGAUCUGCUAGCGCAUUACCAGAUCAAGGCCGUAUUACGGGGAGGGCCGCCCCCGUUCAGCGCGGACGAGCUGUCGGGCAUGAUGAGCGGCGUGGAGGCGCAGAUGCGCGAGGUGAAGCGGCUGACGCGGCUGAGCGAGCGGUACUGGACGCUCGAGUUCUUCCGGCAGCAGCCCAAGGCCGCCACGUGGCGCGCGCUCCUGCUCAAGUGGCUCAAGGAGGACGACCUGGUCGCGCUCAUCCUCAUCUACGACCUAGGCCUGGAGCUCCCGGUGCGGCUGCAACGGUCGGUGCGCGUGGGGUCGGACAUCCAGGUGCGCGUCCUCCGGGUGAACGUCCGUCAGGACGUCCUAGAGUUAGUAGAAACGUACCAGCCGCAGAACGGAAGUUCGGACCCGUCCUCGUCGGGCUUGCCGCUCGGGGAUGCGGAGCUCGCGGCCGCGGAGACGUCGCUCUCGGACGCGCUUUCGGACGCGAGCUUCGACGAAGAGGUUAGAAACAUAGUGGGUGGCGAUGAGGCCGGUACGUCGGAAAACGGAGAAAGUCACGGAAGCCUCGAGGGGGAUGAAAGUGCGGAACUUGCAUAUGGUGCGAGGAACGGACAUCCUCGGAACGGGGUGUCUGAGUUGGAAAAUGGUUUAGGUGCAGAGGAGCGGAAGUCAGACCGCAUUCUUGUGAGAGAAGCCGGCAGCUGAGCAUCUUCAUGGACGCUCGCUUAAGCUCUUUAUAAGCUCGCGAAUAUAGCGGUUGCACAAGGCAACCUCAUCUGGGCGCUCACAUCAUCGUGUGACGCCAUCUUCAAAAGACGUACGAGUGUUGUAGGCCAUCAUUUGAGUGCUAUGUCCUGCUG